AUGCACUGGGAAAAGUGGGCUCCUGAACAGUUGUCAUUGAAACUGAGCCUAGUAGAUGAAAGAAACGAGGCCAACCAAAUCCAAAGCCGAAGUCCCCGUGACCUAUCGGACAGGGACGAUCGAACUGUUCGGCACUCGGAAAUGCCGCGCCAUCUCUCGAAGAUGCAGGAAAGUGGCAACCUAAACUGCGCUGAGCAGGGCUUCCGGUGA